GGCCCUUCUCCAACCCGCUCCGGCGCAAUAUGGGCUUCUCCAUCCUCUACCCCCACCUCACCGUCUCCGAGACCCUCCUCUACACCGCCCUCCGCCUCCCGCACACCCUCUCCCGCCCCGAGAAGGCCGCCCAGGCCGAGGAGGUCAUGGCCGAGCUCGGCCUCCUCGGCUGCCGCAACAGCAUGACUGGCGGGGCCCUAAUGCGCGGGAUCACCGGCGGGGAGCGCAAGUGGGUCAGCAUCGGCCAGGAGCUGCUCAUCAACCACAGCAUGCUGCUACUCGACGAGCCUACCUCCGGCCUCGACUCCACCAUCGCCGGCCGGAUCGUGACCAGCAUCGCCGACCUCACCCGGGAGGGAGGACCGUGGUGAUGACCAUCCACCUGCCCUCCAGCCGGAUCUUCUACAUGUUCCACAAUAUCCUGCUGCUCUCCGACGGCCACACCGACUACUUCGGCAAGGGCUCCGAUGCCAUGAACUAUUUCGCCAGCAUCGGCUACAUCUCCUCUCCGGCCGCCGCAUUCCCGUUCCCGCCCGGUCGAACCGUCCGACCCCGAAGGCCGACUUCGAUGGCGGAAGGAGAACCAAGCAAUCGAUUCGUCCCCAAAUCGAUUCGUCGCCAAAUCGAUUCGUCGCGUAACUCGCGUUCUCCCUCUCGCACGGGUGAUGGGCGUAGGCCUCGGCGUGCUCGGUUCUGGGCUUUGAAAUUGUGAGACGGGCCGCUCGCGUCUCAGGAUUUCAUCUCCGUAGACGGCCCGGGCCGGCCUCGCUCUUUGGAAAUUUUCUUUAUAUUUUCCCAGGAUGUUCGAUUCCGAGUCUAACUCGGAUUAUCUGAAGACCUUUCUGAAUUCGGCCAAGGAGAGAGAAAGA